UUCACAGCUUUAGUAUUUUGUCAGUAUCAACCAAAAUGAAGCUACAACUUGUCUGCCUAUUUGUAAGCAUUGCUUGUGCCUUUGCUACUCCAAUCCUCAACGUAGACCAUGAAUGGUCCAACUUUAAGUUGAAACAUGGAAAAGAAUACGCCACCCCAGACGAAGAAACCAAACGCCAAACAAUCUUCACCCAAUCUUUAAAAUUAAUCGAAGAACACAACAAAAAGUACGAAGAAGGUUUGGUAACAUUCUCUCUGAGCGUCAACCAAUUCAGCGACAUGUCAGAUGAGGAAAUAUCAAUGAGAAAAGGUCUGCUCCCCGAAGCCAACUUCAAAGAUCUCGGAAUACAGGCUAAACAAUUCCAACGUCCGGAGAAUCCGGAUCUACCCAACGAACUGGACUGGAACGCCAAAGGGGCUGUCACCCCGAUAAAAAACCAAGGAGCUUGUGAGUCGUGCUGGGCUUUUUCCACCACCGGUACGUUAGAAGGGGCGUAUUUCCUUAAAACCGGCCAACUGACGGAACUCAGCGAGAAAAAUCUUAUGGACUGCGCUGGUCCGGAAUACGGAAGCAACAGUUGCCACAGGGGCACUUACGUUGGAGCUUUGGUGUACGUCAGCGAAAAUGGAGGCAUUGAUUCGGAGGAGUCCUACCCUUAUCACCCUGUUGACGGAGAAUGCCACUACGAUGCUAAGGACAAUGUUUUCAAGAAUGUUUCUAUUAAGAACAUCUACUACACAGAACCCGACAACGAGGUUGACCUCAAGAUUGCCCUUGCUACCAUGGGUCCAAUUGCCAUUGCCAUCGAUUCCUCUGACAGAGCUUUCCAGCUGUACAAAGAAGGUGUCUAUUACAACAAACACUGUGGAAGUGUUGACCAUGGUGUGCUGCUGGUUGGCUACGGCACAGAAAAUGGUAUUGAUUAUUGGCUGAUUAAGAACUCAUGGGGUGAGGAAUGGGGUAAUAAAGGAUUUGGUAAAAUGGCAAGGAACAGAUGCAGCAACUGUGGUAUUGCUUCUAUUCCAUUCUUUGCUGAACUUUCAUAAAUAAGUAACAUUAAGAAAUAAAUAAAUAAAUAAAUAGUGACAACGAAAUAA